ACAAUAUCAAAGUCACCUGUGAUGGUGACCUACCUAAAAGCUCCCCUGGUGCACCACAGCUCACUCAAAAGAAAAGAGAAACAUAUAGAAUUUAUAUAUUAUAUAUAUAGGAGAAAUGGAACACUGUCAAAGGCGCAAAUUGAGGAAUCUAAACAUGAUUGAAUUGUAUGUAUAAAGGCUUUUUAGCCACUGGUGCUGAUGAUUGUGAUGAGAGAAGCUUUUUUAUAAUUCCUCAUCAUUUUUUCAAGAUUCAAAGCACACCCUCUCUCUCUCUCUCUUUUUUCUCCUUUUUCUCCAUACCCACUUCUCCAAAUUCUAAAACACCAAAAAACCCACUUUCAAAAACCAUGCAACUACACUCCCAAUCCCAUAGUAGAAAAGCUCAAAAGUCAGAACUUUUGCCCAUCAAAACAUAGUCCAGUGCUCAAGAGAACCUUCAAAUUUUUCAUGGUUUGGUUUUGGUCGUGUUUUUGAGCCACCUUCUACUAACAAUGUUGGAUACCAUGAUCCCUUCUUGUUUUAGCCAACCAAACACACCAACAUCCUCAACCACAACAUCUUCUCAUGUGCCUAAUCAGAACCUCAUAACAUGUAUAUACCAAACUCAACUAUGUAAUUCUCCAACUUACUUGACUCUCACUUGGUCAAAAUCUACGUUCACUCACUCUCUCACCAUCUACGCCCCUGACUUAUUCUCCAUCACCAUACCUCUUCAGCCAUCGACUUUCUCCUUAUUCGGAGCCCGACCCGGAUCCAAAUCCAUCUACUUGACCCACCAACAUUCCCAAAAAAUCAAGCUUUAUUGGGAUUUCACUAGAGCAGAGUUCGCCACCAACUCGGCCGAGCCAGACUCUUCUUUCUACGUCGCUAUUACCUGCAACGCCAAGCUGGAAUUCUUCCUCGGCGAUCUCCUUGACGAGUUGACUCAGCGCUCGGGGCUCGUAACUCGGACUCAGGUACUGCCCAUCAUACCUGCUCUUCUUUCCAGACGAGAACACGUGUUUGGACGCAGGAAUUACGCGUCCCGGGCAAUGUUUUUGGGGUCCAAACACGAGAUUGGGAUAGAGUGCGGUGGAGGAACGCUCAAAGUCAAAGUCGACGGUGAAACAAGCCUCGUCGUUAAAAGACUCGCCUGGAAAUUCAGGGGGAACGAGAAAAUCUACGUGGGUGAAAUCGAAGUCGAGUUCUUUUGGGAUGUUUUCAAUUGGGUUAGUAACGGUAAUAACGGUAACGGACAUGGGGUUUUUGUCUUUCAAGUUGGUGAUGGUGGGGUUUGGCCGGAAAUGGUGGGCCCGGAAAAGAGGCUGUUGAGGAAGAGCUUGUCGUCGGCAACUGCUCCGGCAGGUAGCUCUGCUUCAAUGGCGGCUUCGUCUUCGAAUUCGCCGUCUUGUUCAAGUGUGCUUCAAUGGGCUGAAGAGAGUAGCGAUGGAGGAAGAAGUUCAUCUUCUUCUUCUACUAGAUCAUGUAGUACUGGUAGUAAUGGCGGUUUUUCUUUGUUGCUUUACGCUUGGAGGAAAGAUUGAUUAAAAAACAAAAAAAAAAAAAACUUUAAUUUUGUGAAAAUAUAUGGUAAUUAUUAAUUGUUUAUUCUAUUAAUUUGAUAAAAUGAUUAUAUGAAAUUGGAAACGAUUCUCU